AUGUAUCUUGGGCUUGAAGAAGAGUCAAGUCGAUGCGUGCUCGGAAGGCAGUACGAGAGGCAGGAAGAGGAGAUCGUUGCGCUGCGUGCACUGGCAAAGUCUUUGAAGGAGGAGGUGAAAACGAUCCAGAAGCGGCAGCAACUGCAGAGCUCUGCAUGUUGCGAUGACAAGGCAUCCGUUGGAGGGCGCCAACGAAUAGGGUCGCAUGAGUACUUCAAGCUGGAUGUCCAAAUCGAGAAGCUUGAGGAGGAAAACGCUGAGCUCCACCGUCAGCUCCAGGAUUCCCAGGACGAGCUCCAGCGGGCUCGUGCUUACAUCGCAGACAAGUUGCCAGUAUACAAACUCGCUGCGGUGAAGGCUAACGCGGAGCUGCGUUGUGUGAAGAGUCAACUGCAACAGGAGCGGAAGCAGUCCGAUCGACUUCAAAGGCAACUCGUGAAGUGCAAGGCGAGGCAAGACGACGUACUGGCUCGAGUGGGGCCUGAACGUGGAAAUCAUCAGGAGGAACAUGAGGAUGAUGGCGAACUUCAAGAGAGUGAGGCUGUCCGACGCGAGCGAGAGGCAUUCUUCCGACAAUGCAUGCGUCAACAACCUGGUUGUUUUUCGCCUGGGAAUAAAUCCGGGAUUCAGAGCGACGUUGGUGAUAUUAUCGAGGCGAGAAACACUCAACUAGCGGGUUCCAAGACGGUGGUAAAGACUGACAAGCUGAUCCACGAAGACCUGAUGGACCUAGAUUUCGAUCUUGACGAGAUGAAUUUAUCGCCGACGAAGAGCUCUAAGUCCAUUUAGUGAUAAAGAAACAGUGUUUUUUUAGGCUCGGGCAAUCUCAACAAGUACAAUACAGCGGUGCUCAUCACAUCGAGCAACUC